AUGUUGUCCACUUGGGGAUUCCGUGACAUGAACUUGAUGAAAGUGACUCCUAGCAUUAUCCACAGAAGAACAUGGUUACACCAUGGUGUCACUAGAAGCUUAAGAUUAUUCUGUCUUCCAUUGAAUCCACUGUUUGAUGAACCACAGCUUAUCUACACCAUACGCACAGAGUAUAGUGGACUAUACAAUGUUACCUGUCUCGGUGAUGAAGAAAUCUGGACACAUGAGAAUGACAAACUCAUAAAACUCCACAACCUGCAAGGCAAACUACGAAAGUCAAUUCAAACCGAUUUAAGUCAGGGAAGAAACCAUGUAACAGUGACAGUGACAGGAAGUGGGGAUAUAGUGUAUACUGACCGUGAUGCAAAAACUAUAAACAUAAUGAAGAAUAACAGACCCAGGAGGUGGUCAGACAACAGGGGUGGAAACCUCGCUGCUAUAUCUGUAGUAUCUCCUCUGGUGACAUCCUGUGAGAACAGAAAUCUGAAUAUCUGUAUGACUGAUAAGAGAGCAAGUGAAGUGGCAGUAGUUAAUCAGGCUGGAAAACUUCGUUUUCAAAUACCAAAGAAUGUUUUCAUCCACUUGACAUCACAACAGACAGUCAGAGCCAAAUCCUGA